AUGUCCAAGAUUCUCCUUAGCAUAGCCAUAUCCACGGCGCAAGAGCAACACGCGUGGAGUGUCCUCAAGGCCCGCCCUUCAAAGCUCCAAUCGAUUGACGGCUUGUUGGCCUCGAAGUCUAAUGCUCUGAACAUUUUAGAUGCUAGGCUCUGGAUGCUCUACCCAUUAUCCAUGUUCUUAUCGCUUCUCUUCUGGCUUCUACCGUUCGCUACUCUUCUCACUCCGGCGACACUAACUGUCAAGGCAGCUGUAGCAAGGGGCAUAAUAGUUGGACCGAUUUCCAGCAUCAGUUUCACCAGUGAGGCUUUUGCACGGCUCACAGAUGGCACGAUCAUCCCGAUGGCCUCUAUCUACGGCAACGCCAGUUGGAAUCUGGAUUUCGAGGGCCCAGCCCUCCGAUGCUCUGCUCUGGAUGUAGAUGACGAGCUGCGCAUCAAUGUCACCAAAUCAGCAACUGAACGCUGUUCCGAUGGUUAUUGUUAUCGGGACAUAUCCUGGAUGCCGGAAUCAACUACAGACCUUUCACCAUUUUCGCCGGACAAAAAGGAUUCCACCAGGGACACGGUUUCUGGGCCCCGAGAUGCCCCAAUAACCUUAUACGUUGUCGAAAACAACGACGAUGGGUUGUCUGACUCCAACAUGUUGGUUCUUGAUUCGUUCACGAAAUGUACCCUGUAUAGUGCUUCAUACCAGACAGAGUUCUCAUAUCGAUCCGGAGUUCAGGAGAUUAGCACCAUACCGAUAGCAAAUGAGCCCAGUGAACCUUGGCUUCAGAGUGUUGGUACCAUGUCGACCAAGACGUUCAACAAAGGCGUCGGAGUUCCCUUCCAAGCGGUCAUGGAUGCAUUUUCGUCUAUGCUAAUUGGAAGUGCCCUUAUCAAUCGCAAUAUUCAAGGUGCUCCGCGAAUAAUUCAGACGCAGGUGGGCAUAACAAAUCUGGCAAAAGACUUGAUGUUCUUCGGGAAACAGUUUAGCAAUCAACCAGGGGCCGGCCACGAAAUUCCGAGGUUGCUGGAAAAUAUGUUUCUCAACACCACCUUGAGUCUUAUGUCGCAAGCUGAAUUGAAUCCUACCGCGCCAAUCCAAGCCAGAAUAGAGACGGAAGUGUACCAGAACAUCUACACUUACUCAGUCGCCCCCUUAUGGAUAGCCUAUGGGGUUGCUGUGGGAAUCACUAUCUUGUCUGUCACCAUCGGUACUUGGGCUGUAGUGGUUACAGGCUCUUCAUACAGCAGCAGGUUCUCGACGAUUCUGCGCCUCGCCUUCAACAUCCGCCUGUCUAAGUACCUACAUCGAGCUCCAGGACACUGGCGGCGAAGAUCCGCUACCUAA